GUUUCUGUUUUGAAACUAAAGAGAUUCUGCUUACCCAACAACACCCAUCAACGCGAUUCCUUUUCCAAAAUCUCACAUUUCAAAUUCCCAAUUCAUCUUAAAAUCUUUUUUUUCCUCUAAUAGAUCCUUCAUUUCACACACCCAAAUUGUUUUUUUUUUCAAGAUGAAAAAUUCGAGAAAGAAGAAGAAACAAAAACCACCGAAGAAGGUGGAAGAGACCAAAGAGUCAAAAGAGGUUAUAGAAAACCAAGAAGAACACAAAAAACAAAGAGUUUUACAAUCGUUGUUCGAAGCUUUCUCUUUAUCUUCAAUGGAAGAAGCUAAAGUUGCUUACGAUAUUGCAAAGGGUGAUUCCGACAAGGCUUCGGAGAUCUUAAGGAGAGGUUUGGUUGACAAUACAGAAGACCCUUUUUCUUCAUCUUCUUAUUGUUCAUCUUCUUCUUGUAGUGGUGGUGUUUCUUCUGGUUUAGAUUUGGCUUCAACUUCUGGUUCUUCAGAUGGGUUUGUGGAGCAGAGGUUUGGGGAUGAUGUGGUUGGUUUCAAAGGGGUUAAACAGAAGAAGAAGAUUGUUGCUGUAACAGGAACUGUUUCAACGAUUUUAGGGAAGGAAUAUGUUAGGAGGAAUAGUUCUAGAAAUAAGAGGUUAGGUAAUGAGAUUGUUGAUAAGGAUGAGGCUGAGCAAUUCCUUUAUUCCAUGCUUGGGAAUGAUUGUGAUCUUAACUUGGCUGUUGUUAGAGAUGUUCUUUGUCAAUGCGGAUAUGAUGUUGAAAAGGCCUUGGAUGUAUUGCUUGACUUAGCCGCAAAUGAACGAUCCAGUAAUGAUAGACAGUCUGAUUACAGAGUUGACAGCAUGGAUGAUACAAGAUUCCUUGUUGAUUAUGAUCAUAAUGACGGUUUGAUAGAUAGGAGAUCAGAGUGCACCUCUCUUUCUUCAGAAGGUGACUUUUCUGAUAAUAUAUGGUCUCUGGGAUCUUUUGGCAGGAAUUAUGCGGAGGUCCUCACUAGUUCUAAAGCUAAUUCUCAUAUUAGCCCAGGAUGUACAAAGUUAGAACUUCCUCAAAAGGUGUUGGAGUCCUUGUUUAACAUUCCCAAAAGCUCUGUACGCGACAAAAGUACCAUGAAUUGGAGAAAUAUAGCAAAGAAAAUGCAGUCUUUGGGACCAGGGGUUGAUGUUUGUCCAAAUGUUGCGGAACCUCAGCAGCGUGCUUACACUAAAGGUGAGGAAUAUCACAUGUAUAGGGAAGACGCAAGACAGCAGUGGGAUUCGGUGAAAUCUUACUUUCAGAAAGCUGCAACGGCAUAUACCAAAGGAGAUCGAGGAUAUGCUGCAUAUCUUUCUGAUCAGGGUAAAGAACAAACUAAAGUAGCUCAGAAAGCAGACACUAAGGCAAGCCAUGACAUAUUUCUUGCUAGAAACAAGGGCAUAGAAAAUGUGAUUACUAUUGAUUUACACGGGCAGCAUGUGAAACCCGCAAUGAGAAUGCUGAAACUUCACCUUUUGUUUGGAUCAUAUGUUCCUUCUGUCCAGAUGAUAAGGGUCAUCACAGGUUGUGGAUCACAUGGUGUUGGAAAGUCCAAGCUGAAACAAUCAGUUACUAGUCUUCUAGACAAAGAGUCAAUUGAAUGGAGGGAAGAGAACCGAGGAACUGUGUUGAUCAAACUCGACGGAUGGAGAGAGUUCAGCUUUCUGGACGUGGAUAGUGACAGCGAUAGUGAUGAUUGAUUAAUAAGCUAACUGCAGGCUUAGUAGCUGUUUGUACCAAAUUUAGAUUAGUAACUUGGAAAUUAUAAAUAAAUUAGAGCUGUGACAUUGGCAUGUACAUUCGACGCCUGUUUUUGUCAAGCUUUGUUUAAGCAACAUAGAUAGAUCUUGGCACAUUCAGGGUGUAUCAUAUCAUUUAGAUCCUUAAGCUUUAUUUUUAUGUCAAUUGUUUGUCCAGAAUUGCAUUCUUAGAUUAGGCUAAUGGCCUAAGAUGAUAGUUCAGUGUUGUACAUACAUGAAUAUUUAACAUGACUUUUCUUUUUAGUUUUA